CAGAAGAGAGCCAGAGAAGGCGAAGGUGGAGAGGGGGAGAAGGAGGAGCUUCCUGCCCUCGCCAGCAAAUUACCUGGCCACUUAAUCCCAGAGACUCCGGUACUUGGGCCCCAGCCUCCAGUGCCGGCAGCCCCCCGGCCGGCUGCCCUCUCCUCCCCCGCCCUUCCUGAACUCACUCGCCCCCCGGGGCCUGCCUGGGUGCCGGGACUGGCAUGAUCAGCUGAACUUUGCGGGGUUAGCGCUUCUUUCUGGCUUCCCCUCAGCGGUGCGGAGGCGAGGGGAGCGCAGAUAACCGGCUCAGGACGGACAAACCGGCAGACAGACAACCGCGCCCAGUCUCGCCUGCAGAGCCCCUACAUUCCCCACCCCCACCCGCCUAGCCUCCGGGACCAUGUCCAAACCUUCAGACCACAUCAAGCGACCCAUGAACGCCUUCAUGGUAUGGUCCCGAGGCCAGCGGCGCAAGAUGGCCCAGGAAAACCCCAAGAUGCACAACUCAGAGAUCAGCAAACGCCUAGGCGCUGAAUGGAAGCUUCUGUCCGAGGCAGAGAAGCGGCCGUACAUCGACGAGGCCAAGAGGCUACGCGCCCAGCACAUGAAGGAACACCCUGACUACAAGUACCGGCCGCGGCGCAAGCCCAAGAACCUGCUUAAGAAGGACAGGUAUGUCUUCCCCUUGCCCUACCUGGGCGACACGGACCCGCUCAAGGCGGCGGGCCUGCCCGUGGGGGCCUCCGACGGCCUCCUGAGCGCGCCCGAGAAAGCCCGGGCCUUCUUGCCGCCAGCCUCGGCGCCCUACUCCCUGCUGGACCCCGCGCAGUUUAGCUCAAGCGCCAUCCAGAAGAUGGGUGAAGUGCCCCACACCUUGGCCACCGGCGCACUGCCCUACGCGUCCACCCUGGGCUACCAGAACGGCGCCUUCGGCAGCCUCAGCUGCCCCAGCCAACACACGCACACGCACCCGUCCCCCACCAACCCGGGCUACGUGGUGCCCUGUAACUGUACCGCCUGGUCUGCCUCCACCCUGCAGCCCCCCGUCGCCUACAUCCUCUUCCCGGGCAUGACCAAGACUGGCAUAGACCCUUAUUCGUCAGCCCAUGCCACGGCCAUGUAA